ACCUUUGACCUGCGGGUGGAGACGGAGCCGAAGGAGUGCACCGAGACCGCCAGAUCCCGCUUCAGCCUCGUGCUGCACGCCCGGUACAGCGGGGAGCGCCCAGCCUCCAACAUGGCCAUCAUCGAAGCCAAGCUGCCAUCUGGCUACACCCCCGUCAAGAGCUCCCUGCAGCAGCUGGAGAAGCAGCAUUUGGUGAAGUGGUUGGAGGAGCAGAACAACCAGGUGACGCUCUAUCUGGACCAGCUGACGAAGGAGGCGGCGAGUUUCACCUUCUCCCUCGAGCAGGAUUUCCCUGUGAAGAAUCUCAGAGCAGCCCCAGUGAGACUGUACGAUUACUACAAGACGGGUGAGUCCCGCCCGGGACCCACCACCUUUACAGCCGCUCUCCUGGGCUCUGUGGCACAACCAGUGCCUGGGUAGAGGGUGGUGCCAUUG